AUGGCUCCUUCGAAGACUGGCGACGACCACCAAAAUGGCUCCGUCUUCUCCGUCUCCGGUCCUGUCGUCGUGGCCGAGCAUAUGAUCGGCUGUGCUAUGUACGAGCUGUGCCGAGUCGGACAUGAUAAGCUUGUUGGUGAAGUUAUUCGUAUUGAAGGAGAUAAGGCCACUAUCCAGGUCUACGAAGAAACAGAUGGCUUGACUGUUGGUGACCCUGUCGCCAGGACAGGAAAGCCCCUCUCCGUCGAGCUUGGCCCCGGUCUUAUGGAAACGAUUUACGACGGUAUUCAACGACCCCUCAAGGAAAUCGCCGGUCAGUCCGGAAGCAUUUACAUUCCCCGUGGUAUUACCGUCAAUGCGCUGGACCGCACGAAGAAAUGGGAUUUCACUCCUGGCAAGUUCAAAGUUGGCGAUCACAUCACUGGAGGUGACGUCUGGGGUAGCGUUUUCGAGAACAGCUUGGUAAACGACCACAAGAUUCUGCUUCCCCCUCGUGCAAAGGGUACCAUCACUCGGAUCGCAGAAGCGGGUAGCUACACAGUUGAGGAGAAGUUGCUGGAAAUCGAGUUCAAUGGCCAAAAGUCCGAGCAUGGUAUGAUGCACGCUUGGCCUGUCCGUGUGCCUAGACCCGUCAACGACAAACUGCCAUCCGACCAGCCCUUCGUUGUCGGCCAGAGAGUGUUGGACUCUUUAUUCCCUAGUGUGCAGGGUGGUACUGUUUGUAUCCCUGGUGCUUUCGGAUGCGGCAAGACUGUCAUCUCGCAGAGUGUGUCCAAGUUCUCCAACAGUGAUAUCAUUGUCUACGUCGGAUGUGGUGAGCGUGGUAAUGAGAUGGCCGAAGUCUUGAUGGACUUCCCCGAGCUUUCUAUCGAAGUUGAAGGUCGCAAAGAGCCUAUCAUGAAGCGUACAUGUCUGAUCGCCAACACAUCCAACAUGCCCGUCGCCGCUCGUGAAGCCUCCAUUUACACCGGUAUCACUAUCGCCGAAUACUUCCGUGACCAGGGCAAGGACGUGGCCAUGAUGGCGGAUUCCAGUUCUCGUUGGGCCGAGGCUCUUCGUGAAAUUUCCGGUCGUCUAGGAGAGAUGCCUGCAGACCAAGGUUUCCCUGCUUACCUGGGUGCCAAGCUUGCUUCUUUCUACGAACGUGCUGGAAAGAGUACCGCCCUGGGAAGCCCCGAGAGAAAUGGUAGUGUCAGUAUUGUCGGUGCUGUCAGUCCCCCGGGUGGUGAUUUCUCCGACCCUGUCACUAGCAGUACACUUGGUAUCGUCCAAGUGUUCUGGGGUCUCGACAAGAAACUGGCCCAGCGAAAGCACUUCCCCUCCAUCAACACAUCGAUCUCCUACAGUAAAUACACCACAGUACUCGACAAGUACUACGAGAAAGACCACCCUGAAUUCCCGCGCUUGCGAGACCAGGUCAGAGAACUGCUGACCAAGUCCGAAGAUUUGGAUCAGGUCGUGCAGCUGGUCGGUAAAUCCGCUCUGGGUGACUCGGAUAAGAUUAUUCUCGAUGUGGCUGCUAUGGUCAAGGAUGACUUCCUUCAGCAGAACGGUUACAGUGACUAUGACCAGUUCUGCCCCUUGUGGAAGACCGAGUACAUGAUGAAGGCUUUCAUGGGCUUCCACGAUGAGGCCCAGAAGGCUGUUGCCCAAGGCCAAAACUGGGCUAAGGUCCGUGAGGCAACUGCUGAUAUCCAAACUUCCUUGCGGAGCAUGAAGUUCGAGGUCCCCGAGAACGAGGCCGAAGUGUCCGAGAAGUAUGAGAAGGUCCUCCAGUCCAUGACCGAGCGAUUUGCCUCGGUGUCGGACGAGUAA